AACUGAAGACCAAAGAGUAAUCUCUUGCUUUCAUUCUCGAGCACAAACACAAACACAUAGUGAGCGAGCAAUCUAAUCAGUCUACUGCUAAUCAAUCCAUGGCUUCAACAAGCUGCACAUCCCUGUGUUCUUCUUCCCCAGUACGAAGAAUCAGUUCCCGCAAGCAAACCUCAUCUCUGUGUUCCUUGCUCAAGCUCAACCAGUCGUCCGUGAAUCUCCCAUUUCUGAGCAGCAGUUUCUGCAAUUCCCGCCCAGCUUCAGCGCUCAAGGCCUCGAAAACGGAGGCAGCUAAGGCGGAAAGUGAAGGCAAUGAAGAGGAGGAGAAGUAUGAAGAGUAUGAGGUGGAGAUAGUGAAGCCGUACGGGAUAAAAUUCGCUAAGGGCAGAGAUGGUGGGACUUACAUUGAUGCCAUUGCACCUGGAGGAUCAGCUGAUAAGACUGGAGCCUUCACUGUUGGGGAUAGGGUUAUUUCCACCAGUGCAGUAUUUGGAGAUGAAAUAUGGCCUGCUGCUGAAUAUGGCAGAACCAUGUAUACAAUCCGGCAGAGAAUUGGUCCAUUGCUCAUGAGAAUGGAGAAAAGAUAUGGAAAGAUGGAGAGUAUGACAGGUGAGUUGUCAGAAAAGGAAAUUAUUCGACAAGAAAGGAAUGCUGGUUUCAUUAGUGACAGGGUGAGAGAGAUUCAGUUGGCAAAUGCAAUGAAGAAAAGAGAACAGAAAGAGCAACGAGAAAAGGAUCUUCGGGAAGGACUGCAGCUGUACAAGAGUGCCAAAUAUGAAGAAGCAUUGGAGAAAUUCGAGUCUGUAUUAGGUUCACGACCAGAUCCAACUGAAGCUGCUGUAGCAAGUUACAACGUCGCAUGUUGUUAUUCUAAGCUUAAUCAGAUACAAGCUGGGUUGUCUGCUUUGGCGGAUGCAUUGGAAGCAGGAUUUGAAGAUUUCAAGAGAGUCAGAACAGACCCUGAUCUUGCUGGUCUAAGAGCAUCUGAGGACUUUGAACCUCUUCUCAAGAAAUUCGAUGAAUCAUUCAUCAAUGAAAACGCAAUCAACGCGCUUAAAUCUUUGUUCGGAUUCAACAAAAAGUAGAGCCAGCAAUUCAAUGUGCACGUUUGAAUUUGCGCAUGAGCUCACAAGAGGAUCAAGAUAUCUGUCAGCUAAGGCUUCUGGACCCACUAUAUAUACACAUUGGCUUCUUCUAAUCUGCUUAGAGCUAGCUAGAAAUGAAUUCUGGAAGAGAAUGAAAUUAUUUUGUGCAUGUUAACUGUUUGUUUCUACUGUAUUCUUAGUGAAUCUUGUGUACCUAUUUUAGAUGAAGAGUUGAAAGAAACUAAUAAAAUUAUCAUUACAGA